GAGUUUGAGGCGCACCAGGUCUGCGUGCAAGAGGUGUCUUGAAAUAUUGAGGUUUGCCAAUGAUUUAAAGAACAAAUGCUUUUCAUUUUGUUUUAAUUUUGUCUCACAGAACACUGGAUAUACUCCGUCGUUUGGAAUACGGUUUUUAUAUGCCACUUCCAUUCACUUGAUGGUGGAUUCAGUUAAACUUUUCCGUGCUAUCCGACACUGCUAAAUGCAUCCCCGUUUAGACCGACGGUUUUAUGGACUUCUGUAGGUUAUUAGCUAAUGAUGUCUAUGGGUUUCAUGCCUGAUAGUUUGAAUGGUUCAGACCCCUCCAAAUCGGCAUUUUUUGAAUUUGGUCACGGGCACCCUGCGCACCAACAGCAUUCACAAGGACUAUCUCACAUCUACCCCGUCAAUGGCUUACAUUCUGCCGGACACUCUCAACACGGUAGUCCCUUCACCAGCGGUUCCUCCUAUGGUCGCUCACUGGGCUACACCUAUCCCAGCGCAGUAAACACUCCGCCGAGUGCUUACAUGCCCUACCAGCACAAUAAUCACAGCAACAGUUUGGUGCGCUCCAGAUUAGAGACAGACCAUGAGAAGUCUACGGUAAUUGAGAACGGGGAAAUUCGGCUGAACGGUAAAGGAAAGAAAAUACGAAAACCUCGGACCAUCUACUCCAGUCUUCAGCUACAGGCUCUUCACCAGAGGUUUCAGCAGACUCAGUACCUAGCUUUACCCGAGCGCGCGGAUUUGGCGGCAAAAUUAGGGCUGACCCAAACGCAGGUGAAAAUAUGGUUUCAAAACAAGCGCUCGAAAUAUAAAAAGAUCAUGAAGCAUGGCAGCGGACCGGAGGGGGAGCAUGUCCAUAGUACGUCAUCUAUCUCUCCUUGUUCACCUGGAAUGCCACAACUUUGGGAAGUGUCCAUGGCAAACAAAGGGACCCAUAUGCACCCUAACAAUUACAUGAACAAUUUUGGACACUGGUACCCAAACCAUUACCAGGAUGCUAUGUCCAGACCUCAGAUGAUGUGAGUGGACGAUUCCAACACAUUGACCAGACAGCGUUGUAAAGGCGCACCCGGCAAUAUCGAACUUCUUAAGGGCCUAAAGGCUGCCACACUCAACCGCAUUCACCUAUAACGUUUGAACUGUGUCAGCGUAUUUUAAAUUUAGUCUAAAUAUUUUAUUUUAUUGUAAUGUAUGUUUUUAUGAUGAUGUCUUAUAGGCUACAGGCCCAGGGUUAUUUUUUAUGUGUUCACCUUAAGCCUGUUCUUUAGUUUGGAACUGCGUUGUUGAGAAGUGUGCAGGCAGGUGGCAAAAUUGUAUGGUGCAGCUGGAGAAAAGUAGCUAAAUAUGUGAAAUAAUUAAUGUGAUUAACCGGAUUGCCCUAGUUUAUGUUUGUAUUCUCUUGUCUAAGAAAAUAUGAAUUUAUGUAAAUAAAUUG